AUGGGGAUUGGUGGUCAAGUCACAGCUCUGCUAAAGCAUGAAUACCCUUCUAUGAUUGAAGAGAGUCGUUCAAAGAAGUAUUUUGCAAAGAAAUGGGCUCACUAUGAUAUUAUUGAAGAUGAAGAUGGGAUGACUGCUGCUGAUCGUUUUAAAGAAGAAUUAUGGAGCAUCUACUCAGUGGAAGAUGAGUUAAUGCCACGUGCAGAAUAUGUUCUUGAUAGGCUUGCAGCUAAGCAGUGUAGAAAUAUGAUGUAUGAGCUUCGUGUGGAUGCUGUGAAGGAAUACUAUGACACGUACCUUCAACAGAGGAUAAAGGAUUCAGAGGCUCGCCAGAAAUUACUUCGUCAAGCCCAGUAUGCAAAGGUUAAGCCAGACUGGAUUUCUGAGGCUGCAUGGCGUGCUAUUUGUGCUUACUGGUGCUCACCAGAAUAUUUUAAGAAGCGUCGCCUUGCUCAAGAUUCACGGAACCAAGUGGAUUUUGCUCAAAACAGGGGUGGAUCUCGACCAUAUGCUCAAACCAAACAAUAUCUGGGAAAGACCUAUGGUCCAGAGGCAGCAACUGACAUGAAUACAUUUUGCUCCAUGAAGUCGGGUGUCAAAAAUUGUGAUAGCAAUGGAAAUAGUGGUCCAAUUCCAAGCCAAAAGACCAAACAACGUAUUGAUGAUUACUAUACUACUCUUGAGGCUGAACAUCCAGAUGAUUUUGAGCAGCUCAGGAGUGAUGGACAGCUUGAUCCAGUUGUGGUAUUCAAAAGUAGUGGUUGUGGCUUAGCUCAUGGCCGUUUGCCAAUAGCAAAUAGUGCUAUAAGGAAAUCUGAGAUAAAAGGAUCGGGUAGAAGGGAUGUUUUUGAGAAGCUGAACAUGGAGUUACUAGCAGAAAUUGCAGACAUUCUGCAAUCAGUCAAUGCAAAUGCUUCUAUGCCACCAGUUGAUCAGGUUACUGAGUCAUCACAUGCUGGAGACGCUGGUUUUGGUGGUCUACAGAACAAUGGCAUCAAAGAGGAUGAAGGCAACGCUAACACAGACUGA